AUGGGCAUUGGAUUAGUUCAUGCCAAGCAAAAGCUCGAUCAAACACUAUCAGUAAGAAUGGGGAAAGCAGUGGCAACAGCAAAAGUUCCAAAAGGCCAUCUAGCAGUUUAUGUAGGAGAAGGCAACAGGAAAAAAUUUGUGAUUCCAAUAUCUUUCUUGAACCAUCCGCUGUUUCAACACCUGUUAAAUCGGGCUGAGGAAGAUUUUGGAUUCAACCCUCCAAUGGGAGGUCUCACAAUUCCUUGCAGUGAAGAGUAUUUCAUGACUAUCACUACUACAAUCUUGAACUGUUUAUAGAUAAAGUAGCAGUAUAUAUAGCACAAUGCUGCUGCUGCAC